CUCCCUCCCCAGCCUUCCCCGCGAGCGGACGCGGCAGCGCCUCUGUCUCGCUUUUUCUUAUUUUCCCCCCCUUCCCCUUUUUUUUCCUUUUUCUCCCCUUCCCCCCUUUUCACCAUUUCCCCUCGGAGGCGCUUCCCCCGGGCAGGGGCAGAGCCGGUCUCACCCCCCGCCUCUCCCCGGCCCCCGCCGCCCUAUGGCGAGAGGGAACCCCCUCCCCACCCGGGCACUAGCGGCGGCGGUUGGAGGAGUGGGACCGGCGGUGGCCGCGGCAGCCUCAGGUCCGGGGAAGUCAUGGAACUAAUUCGCUGACCCACCGGCCACAGCCGUGCGUCCCGCUCGAUCGCCAGCGCCCGCGCUCCCCCGGCCCGGUUCCCCCUCUUCUCCCUCCUCAGUCGGUCCGGUCCUCGUCCCGCGCGCCCCGCCGACGCGCGCUGAGGAAAAUGGGGUGGUAACGGGCCCCCGGAUGACCCCGCGUCACCACUGUGAGGCCUACAGCUCCGCCGGGGAGGAGGAGGAGGAGGAGGAAGAGGAGGAGAAGAAUGUUUCUCCAUCCCAGAGAGAUGAAGUGAUUCAGUGGCUGGCCAAACUCAAGUACCAAUUCAACCUUUACCCAGAAACAUUUGCUUUGGCUAGCAGUCUUUUGGACAGGUUUUUAGCUACUGUAAAGGCCCACCCAAAAUACUUGAGUUGUAUUGCAAUCAGCUGUUUUUUCCUAGCUGCCAAGACUGUUGAGGAGGAUGAGAGAAUUCCAGUAUUAAAGGUGUUGGCAAGAGACAGUUUCUGUGGAUGUUCUUCAUCUGAAAUUCUGAGGAUGGAGAGAAUUAUUCUGGAUAAGUUGAAUUGGGAUCUUCACACAGCUACGCCAUUGGAUUUUCUUCACAUUUUCCAUGCCAUUGCAGUGUCAGCUAGGCCUCAGUUACUUUUCAGUUUGCCCAAACUGAGCCCAUCUCAACAUUUGGCAGUCCUUACCAAGCAACUCCUUCAUUGUAUGGCCUGCAACCAACUUCUGCAAUUCAAAGGAUCCAUGCUUGCUCUGGCCAUGGUUAGUUUGGAAAUGGAGAAACUUAUUCCUGAUUGGCUUCCUCUUACAAUUGAACUGCUUCAGAAAGCACAGAUGGCUAGCUCCCAGCUGAUCCACUGUCGGGAGCUUGUGGCACAUCACCUUUCUUCUCUGCAGUCUUCCCUGCCUCUAAAUUCCGUUUAUGUCUACCGUCCCCUCAAGCACACCCUGGUGACCUGUGACAAAGGAGUGUUCAGAUUACAUCCCUCCUCUGUCCCAGGCCCAGAUUUAGAUUUCUCCAAGGACAACAGCAAACCAGAAGUGCCAGUCAGAGGUGCAGCAGCCUUCUACCAUCAUCUCCCAGCUGCCAGUGGGUGCAAGCAUACCUCUGCUAAACGCAAAGUAGAGGAAAUGGAAGUGGAUGACUUCUAUGAUGGAAUCAAACGGCUCUAUAAUGAAGAUAAUGCUUCAGAAAGUGUGGGUUCUGUUUGUGGCACUGAUCUGUCAAGGCAAGAGGGACAUGCUUCUCCUUGUCCACCUUUGCAGCCAGUUUCUGUCAUGUAGCUUCAAGUGUUACCUUCAAGUGCAAACUAAGGCAGACUACUCUGGGAAUUAGGAACAUGGAAAACCAGGAAAGGUUCUAUAAAGUUAUAUACCUUAUCAGGCCGAUUUGAAGUGAGCCAGAAAAAAACCCAUUUACUUGGGUAGCAAAUUAUAAUCAACAUUAUUUAAGCAUUUAAAGACCAAAAAAGUUAGAAACUUCAAAAAAGAUCAAAUUUUCUUUUUAAGUUAAAUUUUUUUUAGUAUUUGUCAGUUUCAUUCUUUUCUCUGCUAAGAUGUAAUGGAGAUUGACCCCAUGUCAAAAAUUUAUAUUCAAGUGUUUUAAGUUCCAAAAUUCAUAGCUAGCACACUCUGUCACCAGCAUCCUGAUUUAAUUUUCCUCAUUUUUGCUUGCUUGUUUAUUGAAUACUAAAUGAACUUUAUGCAUGUUGAUCUAUAGCCUGACUUCCACUGAUUAGGAAACCCUCAAAAUUAUUUUUUAGCAAUUUAGUGAAUAAAUUCAUUUCAGUGUGACAGCCAUGUUUGAUCCAUGAUUCAAAUUAAUCCCAAAAGGGUACUUUAAAAUUGCCCCAUAUGAAUGAGAAGUGGUAAUAGAAAAAGGACUGACAUUACCACAUUGAUUUUGUGUUUCUUAUUUCAAUUCCUGGAGUCUGGAAACAAAAUUAUUGUUUUAUUUUUGUUUUUCUUAAGUUGAAGCUUAAAAGUGGCAUGUAAUUAGGAUAUGGUUAGAUUUGUUGAAAGCAUUUUUGAAAUUUAUAUAAAAGAAUUUGUGAUAAAGUUAAUGUAUCCAGGUGCUCACCAAAGAAACAUGUACCAACUAAGAUUUUUUUUUUUUUGGUAACUGAUCAGUUUUCAUUCAUUUGUAAUCAGUAGGAGAGACUGUCUGGAUGUCGGGGCAGCUCUAUGAUUUGGGUCUAUAACAUGUAAUAACUGAAUUCAGUGCCCUAGAUUUAUGUUAAGCUAUUAGGAUUUUCUUGAUGGAAGUUAUUCACCCUCCCUGUAUUUCUCUUAAUGACUUUUGGAUCCUCAGCUCCCUGUUCAGUCUGAAGAAGGUAUUGCAGUCAGAACCAUGUGCUGAUGAUAAAAAGCCUCUGGUAGCAAUAAAAGUUGUCCUUAACCUUUG